AUGUCCUUCUCCUUCUUCAAGGCCUCUCGGAGUCGGCCGGGCCCUUCGGAGCUCGCCAGGGCGAUCAAGGACAGCCUGCUGGCCCUCGACACCAAGACCUUUGCCAAGGCUCUCGAAGAAGUUGAAAAGAAUAUUCUGUCUAUGAAACACAUGAUUUGCGGUGAUGGAGAAACUGAACCAAAUCAGGACCAGGUUACCCAGCUAGCUACUGAAAUCUGCAAAGAGGAUGUUCUUUCCCUUUUUGUCCAGAAGUUGCCAAGCUUGGGUUGGGAUGCUAGAAAAGAUUUAGCCUACUGUUGGGGUAUUUUACUGAGGCAACAAGUUGGUUCUACUUCUAUCUGCGUGGAUUAUAUUGAGAACCAUUUGGAGCUUUUGGACUUCCUUGUGUUUUGUUAUAAUAACAAAGAGACUGCUCUGAAUUGCGGCAAUAUGUUGAGGGAAUGCAUCAAAUAUCCAUCACUUGCAAAAUAUGUGCUGGAAUCAACAAGCUUUGAGUUAUUCUUCAAGUAUGUUGAACUGCCAAAUUUUGAUAUUGCUUCUGAUGCUCUUGCUACCUUCAAGGACUUGCUUACUAAACAUGAAACUGCAGUCUCUCAGUAUUUGAGUGUUCACUAUGAAGAGUUCUUUGAAAAUUAUGACAGGCUAUUGGCAUCUCAAAACUAUGUGACAAGAAGGCAAUCCUUGAAGUUUCUUUCGGAAUUCCUUUUGGAGCCUCCAAAUUCACAAAUAAUGAAGCGUUACAUCCUAGAAGUUCGAUACUUGAAGACAAUGAUGGCUUUGUUGAAGGACUCGAGCAAAAACAUUCAGAUAUCUGCUUUUCACAUUUUCAAGGUAUUUGUUGCUAAUCCACAUAAGCCACAGGGGAUAAUUGAGGUCUUAUCCAAAAAUCACGAAGAACUGUUGAUGCUACUAAACAAUCUUCCUAUGAGCAAAGGUGGUGAAGACGAGCAACUCGAAGAGGAGAAAGAUCUAAUAUAUAUGUUCUUUUGGAAUACUUUUAUAUUUGCUCAUCUCGUCUUUGCACAUUAA